CCGUGGCGUUCGCAUUAGACGGCGUGCUCCGUCCCGAUUCUCUCUUUCGCGCGCGCUCUCGCGCUUCGAAGUGACGGCACGCCGCGCGCCGUUUCAAAAGAAUUCCACAAAGGAGCCGAGAAAGAUUCGUUUCGGGUCGGCGCGACCGCACGUCGUCAUCCAUCGGUUGGGUCCUACGCGGUCCUUCGGCGGGCCGGCGCGCGAACCGCCGACGCUCCUUUGUUUCGGUGUAAUUGUUGCACGUAUAUACAGGCUGUUACAUACACACACGGUGCGACGACGCAUACUCAUACAGUGCACGUGACCAGCGAAUUCCUACGAGAGCCGGAGGUCGUACACGCGGCUCCUGCGCACGGAGGAUGUCAACGUGACGUGGACCGAUUGGGAAGAGCUGCGAUGCCGUAGUCGUCGCUAUGAGCGAGAGCCGGUGCUACGCGGAUUCGCCCGUGCUCGUCGAACAUCAGCCCUUCAACCGGAUUGGGAAGGCGCUCAGGGGAUCCAAGAAGAGCGUGCUAUUCUAUACGACCGACUGCGGGGACGAAAAAGAGGAUCUGGGUCUCAAGCUUCAGCAGCGAUCCGUCUCGUUGACCGCGUUACACACCGGAGCCGGCAGCCAGCAGCAGCAGCAGCAGCAGCAGCAGCAGCAGCAGUUAUUGGAGCCGAGAAUGGCGCAAUUGGAGACCUUGGAGGCCAAGAUGGCCAGCAUCGAAGUAUCGCUGUCGACGACGCCGAGACGGAAGAAGGGCGGCAGCAUUUCCGGAGGUGUCACGUCCCCCGCUGGUCACCGGAACAGGGAUCACUAUAAGGAACUGGACGCUCUCCGGGUUGCGCUGCGCGAUAAAGAAAACAUCAUACAGACGCUCAAGGGCCAGCUCUGCAACACGCUGAGCAAUAGACUAGCAUUACGCAACGGCGCGCCACCCUUGACCGAGGCCGACAGGAAAGCGGCCGAGGAGCGGCUUCAAAGGUUGCGACGGGACGCCGACAAUAAGCGACUGGCUAUUAAGAACCUGAAGCUGGCGCUCGAGCGUCUCGAUAUCACGGACAAUAUCGACGUCCGAAUACAACAGGCGGAAUUGGAGUACCGACUGGGCCGCGAGGAACUCGAGCUGCUCACUCUUCACGAGGAGAGCAGAGCCCUUCAAGCCGCUCUGGAAUUGGCUGAAACUCAAGAGAAGCAAAAAAACGACACGAUAUUCAGCUGCAUCUCCGGCUCGACACAAGUCACGAUUCACGCGGUGGAAGUCAGCGCGGACCCGAAAAGUCCCCGAUUCGGCGCCGGGCCCAGAGAGGAUGCGAUCGGCCUGUACGUCGACUGGGCCGUGGAGGAUUCCGGUCUCUGCAAGGGGGACAGGAUCUUGGAGGUGAAUGGCAAGCUCGUAGUCGGAGCCGGCAGGAGCGACCUAGCGCGGCUGUUGGCCGUCGCACCGGAUGCUGCGCAGAUAGUGGUCCUGCGAAAAGGAGAGUCCCUCGCAGCGCUGCGCACACUGCGCUCGGACAAUCUCAGGCUGACCCACAGGAUCGGCUAUCUCGAGGAGCAGGUGAGGGAUCUCCUGGCGCCGAGCAGAACCGAGGUGCCCGCCGACCCACCGCCGAGUCGUCAGGAACACGUUCAAGUGUUUCAAAAGGGCCCUCAGGUGACCGCGCUGGUAGCGAAUCUACCCGGCCUGAACGUGAGGAGCCCUACGGAAUUGCGACAGAGUCUACCGACAGUCAGGAGUAGACACGGUGAUCACAUCAGACGCAUGACGGACGCGAGGAGUCCACGAGAGCUCGACUUCUCGUCGGACGGUGUCUCGAGCAGCCAUCACAAGUCGCGGAACAAGCAGAAGCAUCAGGGACUUCAACUGGCCAGAUCGACGGCCAGUCUCGACUGCAAGCAGUCACCGAUGCAGUCGCAGGUGCAGCGUCGCCGCUCGCCACGUGUUGAGUCCGCUAUGGAACACUUGCAUAAGAGCCGCAAGAAUGGCUCACAACUGCAAUCUCUAGAAUUUGAUUCUGAGCCGACUUACUAUCGUUUGCAGGACUCCCAAUCUCGCGCGUCGGAAAAUUCGGAGGCAUUGGUUAUGUACAGCUCCCAGGAGGCCAAGACCCGCCCAGCCCCACCGAAAAAACCGUUGCGGCUUUCGCUGCACCGCGCAGCCAGCCUGCAGUCCGUAGAGAGCGCGCCGCCGACAGCGGUGCAUCACGAGACGCCGCGGAAGCCAACCAAGAGGAACCACCGCGGUGAUCCACCCUCGGAGAAGAGUAUGCGACCGCUCGAAGCGAACGGUGACGCGAACUCGAGCUCGCAGGAGUCUUCUCACCUCAGCUCGCCGCCUCAGCCGCCACCGAGGACGCCCUCCAGGGCGGAAUCCUGUCAAAGCGCGCUGCGAUGGCCCUCACCGAAGCCGAGGCCGCACCUGACGUCUGUACCGAUGGAGAAAUGGUGUUGAAUAACUUCGAACAGCGAUUGCGCGUCUUUCACGGACGACAUAGAUCAUUCGGGAAAUCUGAGAGCGCGUUAAGACUUCAUCAAGACCGCGGUCUUUUUCGAUCACCAUGAUGGAUGCUACGAUAGAUUGCCGGGAGGACGAGAGCGAGGGUCAAGAAGGCUAGUAUAACGUCCUCGAGGAGCCGGCAAUGCGCUGAAACCGGCUACGAUCUACAAGGUCGCCUUAUUAAGUUCGAUGACUGGCGCAUUCCUUCGAUUGUUUAUGAUCGAGAUUAACAUUAAGCAUAAGGUAAGAGACGCACUUGUGCGGCGUAACUUUAUUACGAUACGUUACACCAAGAGCACGUCGUGCUGCGAAGAUAGAAUCUAAGAUCUGGCGAUUGCAUGUCACGGUUUUAGUUUGUCUUCUCGCGUUCAGGUUUUUAUACACGCUCACCUCCUUGAACGAAAAGAAAAAAAAAACUUUCAUCCUGGCCGUAAGAAUGGACAUAUAUAAGACUGAUGAAUCGUCUAUGUUGAAAUACGCGUCUCUGGGCUUCAUCUCAUUAAUAACGUAUUUGGGAUUCGAUUGAGGCGUAGAAACUCGAGUUUAGGUUUAUGGAAGUGACGAAAUGAAUUGCGUCAUUACGAUAUGCGAAUUGUAUUAUUGCGAUAUUAAUAAAAUUAAUAUCACUUAUAACGCCACUUACGAAGAACGUCCGUUGAUUCUUGAUGCUUGAUACUGGAAAGCUUCGAAAUCAGUUUAUGACUGUGGUCGCUAAGUGCUUUAAUCUGCCGCCGGAUAUGUAGCUUUGAUAAGCUCUAAUGUGCAUGUAAUUUGGGCGUACCGAAUUUGUCGAAAUAUCACGGUUAGCGUGAAACGUAUUCACAACACAUUCGCAAUCCCUGCUGUAUGUAUUCGUAAUGUGGAUUGUGGCCUCGACGCGGUGUAAUCUAGUUAUCCGAUUAUCCGGAAUUAAGGCGGAAAUUAAGGCGAAUGCGCAAAUAUUUGCUCGCGCAAUGCCACGUGUUAAGAUAGUGAGCGCGAACUGAAUAUCGCGAUUCCACCGUAGAAUUAGCGUUACGAUACCACUAACUCUACUUAAGUGUACAAAUGUACAAAGUUAUUGUGGCCUGUCUUUGGAGUAGAGCAAUAACGAGAAGUUUCCGAGUACAAUCCGCUUCAUACACGAGCUUAAAUUUCGUACAAAAUGUGUUAGACGUACGUUACAAUUUACGGUAUUAUAUUUUACUCAUAGCGCGCACCGGCACUAUUAUACACCAGCAAUACAUAUGGUGAUCUAGAAUAUUCCUUCUCCAUUUCUUUUUUCUUUUAUAUAUCUUUGCGCAGUAGCAGAGUAAGUUAAUGAGAACGUAAAUUCUUUUCUUUUUUUUUUUAAUUGCUAGUCCUGUCGUUACUUAUACGGCAAUGCAUCUGAUGAAACGC